GCCCUACCAAGUUCCGAAAGCCACACUCACCUCUCACUCCAAACCACACCUUCCGAGUCCGAAGGCCACCGACCCACCACCGGAACCAUGCUGCGCCUCCUAAAGCCGAAGCCUUUUCUCUCCGGGCACCACCUCAUCCAGCGGUGCGCCGUGAGCGGCACCGCGAAGGGCAAGGCGAAGAUCAAAGCCGGGCAAGCCCUAAAACGCUCCCGCAUCACCACCAGAAAGCCCGGAUCCGAACCGAAGCCCGGAGGCCCAACCGGGUCGCGCGAGAGGCAAGAGCGCGAGCACCUCUACGAGCAGUGCCUCCAAGCCCCCACCCCUCUCCGCCACCUCACCCCAAAGCAGCGAGAGCGCGAAGCGGAGCGCGAGAAGUUGGGCCUCAUCAGCAAAGACAGACAACGAGAAAUCGACAUGAUGAGGAAAAAGAACCAGAAGUUUAAGGUUUCGGAGAAACCCACGAUUAUUGGGACUCCUGGUUUGGACUACGUGAGUUUGGGGUUGGUGGAUGUUGAGAAGUUGCCCAAGUAUGAGUUGAAUGUUGAGGAUGGGAGAAGGUUGGCGAAGGAGUAUAGUAGGGUUCUGAUGAGGAAGCAUAGGGCGAGACAGGCUGCGGAAUCCACGCUUUUGAGGAUGAAAAAGGAGGCAAUUGAUGCUUUGCCUGAGGGUUUGAGAGAGGCUGCUUUGGUUCCUGAUUUGAGUCCUUUUCCUGUUAAUCGCUUUAUGGCUACUCUUACUCCUCCCAUUGAGGGUUACAUUGAGCAGGUUAGGGAAGCGGCUAAUAGGGUCAGUGGAAUGGAGAAGAUUAGGUGAUUUUGUUUAUGGAUUGGGAUGGAAUAGCUAAUAACAUUGCUUGUUGUUUGACUGGUUGGAAUAGGAUGUAAUGUCAUGAAAUGUAUUUGGUCUCAUGCUUUUGUUGUUGUUCUUGUUGGAUCAAACUCACUUGUUUUUGUUUAGAGGUGUGGGAUGGAAUGAUGAUAGAAAUAAGUUUUGGGAGGAACCAGGAUGAGAGGACUUUUACAAAUUAGUUCAUGAAUGAGUUAAUUUUAGCUUAUAGAGAAACUAAUUUAAUUUCAUUGUUUCUUCUGGUUUUCUUCUUUUAUUAAGUGUUUUUGGAGAAAUUUAUUGACACAGGUCUAUAGAUUGUUUGGAAGUUGAUGAAAUGAAAUGCGGUGUGAAGAUGGUUUUGUUUU